AUGGAAGGCGAGGAAGAAAAAGUUGACAUGAUGAUGCAGAGGAACUUUGAUGCUACCGAACAUUGGUUCAGAAUGGGAAGAAUGCAGCAGCCGAAACAUGACAAACUGCGUUCUUCUUCUUCAUCAUUAUCAUCAAAUGAGUACUUUGAGGGAGUGAACCAGUUUGACCGCAGCCAGGUUGAGUCCUUGGACACCGAUGAACCUCCACAUUGCUGGGAUCUUCCGGUGGUGACAUUAACAAGCAUCGCGCUGACGCUUCCUAAAGUCGAUCUUGAGCAGAAACAGCAAUUGAUACAGAGUGUAACUGAGGCCCUCAUUUACAUCAGGAUCAUAGAAGACAGAUUAGAUACCAAAAGGGAACUCAUAAACAUCAGGAACGCGGCAGCGGUGAUAUGGAUAGGAGUUGAUCUUUACUUCAAAUGGCUCGAUGUGGACCUCCUCCACGCCUUCCAGUACCACAAAAUCACACCUUCAAAGGAAAUACUUGACCAGCUUUCGGAUUCAGCAAAGCACAGGUUUAAGCAUAAGACUUUACAAAUUAAAGCCUUAGGGAGCGCUAUCCCAAAAGCUGUGGCUACAGGGGAGCUGAUAAAGGCUCGAUUGAGUGAAGUGAAUCAGACAGUGACUACCUUGAUGACAAAUGGUGUAUCUACAAUUAUAAUAACAUUGGCAAUAAUUUCUCCUCAGUCCUCGCAGAAUCAGAACAGUUGUGUACAACAAAAGAGUCCUGCAUAUGUUGCUGCUGCUAUGACUUCAAAAGAACAAAUGAUAUGGAGAAAGGUGAAUGUCCCAGUUCCAAAAAGUUCUUGUUUUGUGGCUGAUAAUACUUGUACCAAACUAUCUAGGAAGAUGGCGCAACAACGAACAACGGAGAUGGAGGCAUGCCUUAUGACUGCCAAAGAAAUGCCAAGGGAGCUCCAUGAAGGAGAGCCAUUUGUGAGGGCAUCUACAACUACUUAUGAUGUUGGAUGCUCCAUGGAACCUCAGACCCCUCAGCUGAUGGGGACCAUUGAAGGCCAACAACCCAGACCACCAGUAUGUAGUAAAUUAUGGCUGCAAACUCAGGUACUUAAUAGGAGGACCAAGCUCAUAUUUAAGAAAAGAGGUUUGGCAAGAACUGGAACCAAAUCUAAGUCUGGAUCACAAGGAAGCGUGGUUGGGAGCCAGGAACUCAAAACUCCACCCACCAAUGGGCUGAAGAAAUCAGGAAUCUAG